GCAUCCAGAGUGCAGGAGAGGAAAUCUGACCCUGCUUUGAAAUACGCGCAUUGACGGCGAGCUGAUUUUAAAAUCAAUGCAACCCCCUCCAGAGAAGGGCCAUUUGGACAAGCGGAGCACAACGUCGAUAAAAGAACAUCGUAGAUUUGAUUAAAAAAAAAAAAAAGACAAAAAACUCCUACCAUCAAAUUCCUGAAGCUGUGGUACUUGUGGUUAGAGUAGGUAGUUUGAAGAGUAAUUCGAGGUGAGGGGCAUCUGGUAAAAGUUUUUGUUUCGUACUCAACUGUCUUAGGCUGCAAAGCGACAGAUCGUCAAACUCUGUUUUCCUUUAAAAUUGAUGAGCAGGGGGAUUUUCCGUGUAAAUAAAACUAGUUCUAUGUAUAGAAUGGAAGAUGAGCGACAAUGUAAAGUACUUGAUAAACCUGGUGAGAAGAGGAUAAAUCAAACAGAACAGCUGCGACUUUCAAAACAGCCACUAUGGAGCAGAUGGAAAAAUAUGUCCGGGAUAAUAGUCUGCGUCUCCAUGUGUGUUCUUUGCCUUGGACUUUGCUUUUUUGUGAUCAUGCGGACCUUGGAGUUGCAGUCCAGGUUACAGAGUCUGGAGCAGCAACAGGACACCAAGUUCUCUGCCUGGAUGAUGACUUUUGAGCAGGUGGAGCCCUUUAUUAUGGGUCGGGUGGACCAGCUAUUGGCUGAGAAGCUUGCUACACAGCUACCAAAGACACGGGAGGUGAGAGAUGCCCCCCGAAGUUGCCUUUGUCCCCCAGGACCUCCAGGUACCCCAGGAGAGCCCGGUCUGUCAAUCAUUGGACCAAGAGGACCUCCUGGACAACCUGGCAUGAGGGGAUUUCCUGGGUUUCCAGGUCCUAUUGGGUUGGAUGGCAAGCCUGGGCAAAAAGGCCAAAAGGGAGAUACGGGUCAUCAUGGUCCUCAAGGAAACCUAGGGGAACCAGGACCCAAAGGGGAGAAGGGUGCAUGUGGAGACUUAACACACCGAAUGUUACCCAUCACCCUGCGAAACAUGCCUUCUAUAAGCCCUCUAAUCUUAAAGCGCCUCAAGCAGGGUGUCCCCGGAGUACAAGGACCCCCAGGACCUCCAGGACGCCCAGGUACCCCUGGUUCAGUAGGCCUUAAUGGGACCAGAGGGCCGCAGGGAGAACCAGGUGUACCAGGACAAAAGGGAGAACCAGGUGUUCCAGGACCAAAGGGUGCACCAGGACCAACUGGACAGCCAGGGAAGUCUGAAAUCCAGAAUAAUGAAAAUGACAUCAACAAUAUACCCCUGAUGGGGCUUCCUGGAUUACCUGGACCUCCAGGACCCCCUGGACUCCCUGGUGCAAAGGGAGAACAAGGUAUUCGCAUCAAAGGAGAAAAGGGAGCACCAGGUCAGAAAGGUGACAAAGGAGGCAGAGGCCAUCUUGGACUUCCCGGUCUAAUAGGACCAGCAGGGCCUGCAGGACCAAAGGGAGAAAGGGGUGAAAAGGGAGAUGCUGGCUUGCCAGGACCAAUUGGCCUUCAAGGCAUCCAAGGUUUCCAAGGAACACAAGGACUCAAAGGAAACAGGGUCUUCCUAUCCCCUUUUCCCUCCCUUCACCACCAUCUGUGGCCUAUGGCUGUUUUUGCAGGGAUUGCCCUCCUUUCUCUUACAAACCUAGGACUUUUCCUAAUCCUUUUCCCACAUUCUAACGUAGUCCUGGUUUAAUCAUCUUCCUUUUAGACCUCCCUUUUACCAACGUCUCACUUGGUGUGCGGGGUACUCUUUCUUUCUUUCUUUCUUUCUUUCUUUCUUUCUUUCUUUCUUUCUUUCUUUCUAAUAAUUAUUUUUUUUAGUAUCAAUUAAAUCCAAAUUCUGAUUAUUUUUGGCAGCCCUAGUUGAUAGGCCACCUUGCUUACACAUUUUCAGAUUUCCACACCCAUUUUCUGUUGGAAAGAAAUCAGGACUUUGUGACUGCUACUCCAUAACUUUGGCAUUGUUUUUCUCAAUCCAAUAUGUGCAUAUUUGGCCUAAUGCUUAGGGUCAUUGUUCUUUGGAUUAACAAUUUCUGCACAAGACUUGAUUUCUGUCAAGGUCUGUGGUUGAAUCGGACCAAAAUGCAGACAAAUACUAGGCAGUAGCAUGAGAGUAAGCCUUCUUCUUUAUUCAAAGGUUUCCAAAGAUUUUACAUAAAUCACUGCAGGAACUAACAUGAGUUGAGCCCUAAACUUACAUGUGUUCUCUCAGCAGUAGCACAGCACAAACUGAACUUAAUCAGGUGUAGUGAACGGGGGAACCAGUGAGGAACUAAGAAAACAGACCAACUAAUGUACAGAGAGAAAUGAAUUAGUAACAAUAGACAGGUAAUCAAUAGAACUAGGGACAGGUGUGACAUGGCAAGCACGGAGGCUGAAGGACAGGUGAAAUUAAUACAAAACUAAACCAUGGGAGAAGGGACUAAUUAACAAUUCUGAGAAACAGAUCUAAUCUAAGAACUUGGCAAAUAAGAAUCAACAAAAGACACCCUAAAGAAACCCUAACUACAAAAGUAAACAAACCCAAACAAACACUGACUGAAACUAACUGGGAAGGGAACAGAGAAAAUGAUGACCUAAAAUAAAUGCAAACCAAAAUGUAAACAAUAAGUGGAACUAAGUAUAGUGACAAACAAUAACUACAAGCUAACCUAAGGAAGGAACUGAAACAAUAAAAACUAACACGGAGAACUAAACUAGGGCACAGAGGAAGCAAGAGAACCGUAAAUAAUAAUAAUAAUGAGAAAACAGAACCACAACCAGAAAGCAACCACUAAAGGAACUAUGCACGAGUGGAGAGAAAACUACAACACUAGGAGGCAGGAGAGAGAACAAAACUAAUAUCAGAUUAACUGAAGGAAUAAACAAACAAAACCAAAACAGAGUCCCAAAAUGUCAGACCCCAACAAUUUCUGUCAAGUCAAUAUGACUCCCCCCCCACAAUAUAAUAACAUCACUCGGAUUUACAAAUAAAUAAUGCAUAAAUAAUUUGUUGAUUUUCUUUUAUUCUCAUUUGCCAGCAAAAUAACAUCAUCAUCUGGCAAUGUAAGCCACCCCCCUUCUCCCAUGAACUUGGUUUCACCCAACCCGCUUUCUCCACCAAGCAUCCAGUGUUUGCUGUACUUUUGAUUCUGUCACUGGCGAGAGUGGUUGUACUCUCAAAAAAGCGGACAGAUAACGAUUUUUCACUGUUGGUUGAUAACAUCUUGUAAAAAGAGCAAAAAUCUAAAUGAGAUAAAUAUAUAUGGAUUGUUAAGUCGGUUUUCUCUAUGCCGCUCACACACGCCUGUACAUGCCUGUUUGUACAGGCAGACACACUGAAUGACGGUGCAUGUAGACUAUCUUCGAAAUAUAGUGGUACCCAGGUGCUUUGUUACACCUGUCACCUAGACCUCUGGGGCUGAAGCUCCAGAUGUUUUCAAAACAUCCCCAAAUCUCAUGAAAGAAGACAUUUAGGAGUUUAUGUCAGUUCAAAAGAUGCAUUAAGGCCCAAAUGAGAGACUUCACAGUUUUAUUAAAAACAAUCAGAUUUGUUUCUAUUGUGUUCAAUAUAAUCACUGACCGCUCUGCCCAACCUGACAAUGAGUCUAAAAGAAAAGAAGGCAAAAAGUGGUUAUUACUGAAGAUUGAAGUUAGCGUUUAACCUGAGAGAUGGCUCAGAAUGGGCUAAUUGUAAGCUAGCGCUAAUCACUUAUUCACCCAGCAAGACAUGAGGUGGAGAUUCACUAAUGAAAUAUUUUGAUGAAAUUUUGGGAUAGCUGACAGCAUAAUUAAAAUAAAUAAUUAUGUUUUUAGGGGGUUACCAUUCCAUUAAAGUCUAAGAAAAACAAUUUUAUAGCAGUUUUCUUUUUGGAAAUGUAAGAAAUUAUGACAAUGAUGUGGGAGAGAGAGUGAGAAAGUAAAAUUUUAAAAAGUAAUUUACAUAGAAGAUAAAAAAAGCACAUUUACUUGAGCCACGGUAAACAUAGUUUCUCUGAGUUUAACUUUAGUUUUAUGGACUAAGCAGAAUUUUAUUUUUAAAUAUCACAUUAUCUGCUUCAGCCAAAUGUUUUUUUCAUCAUUUAUAAACUGUUAACCUUCAUCCUUCACUUAAACUACUGACAAAAAAUUAAAACCAAGUAAAAUUAUUGUGAAGCUUUUGGAACACCACAAUGCAGCAUUCAUGAACAUGAAGGUGCUCUAAAAAUGUA